AUGUCCUCCUCUCCUCGUUUCAAUUACCCUAACACCCCCCAGAAAAACAACCUUCAACGCCAUCUCCUACGCCGCCUUUCGCCCAAUUACCCCCCCGCCCUCUACAAAACGAUACUCACCAACCACCACGGACCUUCUGCUACCCUCCUCGACCUAGGCUGUGGCCACGGGCUCAUAUCCCGCUCUCUCUCCCCGCACUUCACCUCAAUCCUAGCCACCGACCCCUCAUCCUCCAUGAUCAGCCAAGCCGAGACCUCCUCCGCGGAAUACCCAAACAUACAAUUCCGCCAAGCGUCAGCAGAGAAUCUAGAUUUUAUAGAAGAUGGAAGUUUAGAUAUGGUGGUAGCGGGCCAAGCAGCCCAUUGGUUUGACUACAGCAAGGUAUGGCCGGAACUAAGCAGGAAAGUGAGGAAGGGAGGCACGCUUGCUUUUUGGGGAUAUAAGGAUAAUAUAUUCGUGGAUUAUCCUGCCGCCACACGGGUACUUGAUGAGUAUUGUUACGGGGAGAAUACCAUGGGUCCGUUUUGGGAACAACCGGGUCGGCGCAUACUCAGGGAUUUGUAUAGAGAUAUUGUGCCGCCAGAGAGUGAAUGGGAGGGUGUGCAGAGGGUGGAAUAUGAGCCGGCGUUGCAAGGGGAGGGGAAAGCGAAAGGUACGGGCGAGGUAUUGAUGAGUCGACGGUUGAAGUUGGGGGAGGUGGAAGGGUAUGUGAGGACGUUUAGUGCGUAUCAUAAUUGGGUUGCGAAGAAUGGGGGGAGGGAGAGGGAUAUUGCUGAUGUGAUGUUUGAGAAAAUGCUGGAGGUUGAGCCGGAGUGGAAGGCAAGGGGGGAGGCGUGGAGGGAUGUUGAGGUUGAGAAUGAGUGGGGGGAGUGUGAUAUUGAUGGCCAGGAAGAAGUGAAAAGGGUUGGGGGAUGUUUUGUUGACUGGUUUUCCGGGAAAUAUCCAGUUUUCCUCGAUAUCAAUUGCAGCAAACCAUUAGCAGUCAAGAAGAAAGAUGUCGCGACAGUCAACAUACAGCAGUUGCAUUCGUUGACGCCUGUCGCAUCCCCUCCCCUUCUCGAACUCGAGAUCUCGUUUGCAUUUGUUGUACACUGCAUCACCAUCAAUCAAUCAAUCAAUCAAUCCAUCACCUGCAUCCGCAUCCAACAACUGCAUAAACAUCCCCGCAAGCUUCUUUUGGUUACAUCCAUCUCCCCAUCCAUCUCCAUCCUCUACUUCACAUCUUCCACGAGGGUCAAUAUGGCAAGCACUAAACCGUACGAUGCGCAGGCCUCCACAAAUUACAAAGAAGCGUUCGCCCUGUUCGACAAGCGCGGCAACCAACGCGUGGCCCUCGAGUCACUGGGUGAUUUACUGAGAGCCUGUGGUCAGAACCCGACAUUGAGCGAGAUUAGAGAUUUGGAGAAGAAUAUUGGUUCUGACUUCGAUUUCGAAACGUUCUCCAAAAUCCUCAACCGACCAGGCGGCUUCCGCGACCCAGGCGAACCAGAAGAAUACUGCCGCGGCUUCCAAGUCUUCGAUAAGGAUAUGACGGGAUUCAUUGGCGUGGGACAGUUACGGUACAUCUUGACGAACUUGGGGGAGAAGAUGAGUGAUGAUGAGGUAGAUGAGUUGUUAAAGGCCGUGGAUACUAGUUCGGGGGAGAUCAACUACACGGAUCUCGUACGCACAAUCCUAGCGAACUAG